GCCCAGCCCCCAGCGGCCGGGGCAACCCCCACCCACUCCUUCCCCCACUCACAGGGGCCACGGUGACCACGCUGGGCUCCUACGAGUCCUCUGAGGGAUGCGAGAGGAAGAAAGGCCAGCGUUGGGGUUCCCUGGAACGGCGGGGGAUGCAAGCUAUGGAGGGGGAGGUGUUACUCCCAGCUCUCUAUGAGGAGGAGGAGGAGGAGGGGGAAGAAGAGGUAGAAGAGGAGGAAGAAUCUGUGCAGAAGGGUGGCAGCACGGGCUCCCUGUCCCUCGGCAAGCACCGGGGCCUGAGCCUCACCGAGACGGAGCUGGACGAGCUGAGGGCGCAGGUGCUGCAGCUGGUGGCAGAACUGGAGGAGACUCGGGAACUGGCAGGGCAGCAUGAGGAUGACUCCCUGGAGCUGCAAGGGCUCCUGGAGGAUGAGCGGCUGGCCAGCGCCCAGCAGGCCGAGCUGUUCACCAAGCAGAUCCAGCAGCUGCAAGGUGAGCUGCGGUCCCUCCGCGAGGAGAUCGCCCUGCUCGAGCGGGAGAAGGAUACUGAGCUGAAGGACAUCGAGCAGGAGCUGCGUUUGGCCCACACGGAGAUCCGCACUCUGCGGCAAGCGGCGGAGGACUCUGCCACGGAGCAUGAGAGCGACCUGGCCUCCCUGCAGGAGGACCUGCUGCGGAUGCAGGUGGAGCUGGACGACAUGGAGCGCAUGCGCGGGGAGUACGAGGUGGAGAUCGCGUCACUGCGCGCCGAAAUGGACAUGAAGGGCUCCUCCCCGGACACUUCCCAAAGCCUCACGGCCUCUGAGCUCUGCGACCUGCAAGAAGAAAUGGAGCAGCUGCGGGAGCGCUGCCGGUACCUGAACGAGGAGUACCAGGCCCUGAAGGAGAGCAACAGCAGCCUGACAGAACAGCUUGCCAACCUGGAAAGUGAGCGGACACGGCGGGCCACCGAGAGGUGGCUGGAGUCCCAGACGCUCAAGUCGAUGGCGUCGGUGGAGUCGCAGACGUUAGAAAUGGACUUCCUUGAGCCUGAUUCCGAGACCCAGCUUCUGCGACAGCGGCUGCUGGGCGCCGAGGAGCAGAUGGUGGGCAUGAAGAGCAAGUGCAAGGAGCUUUGCUGUGAGCUGCAGGAGAUGCAGCACCAGCGCCGGGCCAGCGAGGAGGAGCAUCGGCGGCUGCAGAAGGAGCUCAAGUGCGCGCAGACUGAGGUGCUGCGAUUCCAGACAUGCCACAGCAUCACCCAGAACGAGGAGCUGAAGACCAAGCUCUGUGCCCUGCAGGAGAGGUACGAUGCCAGCCAAGAAGAGCACCAGGAGCUCCUGAAGGUGCAGCUUCAACUGCAGACGGAGCUGCGGCAGCUCCGAGUUGCGAAACCCAUGGUCAUAGAAAGCCCAGCCGACAAGGAGUUGCUGUGCCGGCUCCAGAGGCUCCAGCACCAGUACCAGAGCCUCACGAAUGAGAAAGAGAGGCUGCUGGAAGUGCAGCGGCAGCUGCGGGACGACCUGGGGGCCCUCGAGGCCGAGCUGCAACGCCUCCGGGACAUGGAGGCCUCCUUCCAAGAGAGCAACGAGAAGAACAGAGAGAUGCGCGCCCAGCUCCAGGAAAUGAAGCAUCUGUACCAGACCAGCAAGAAGGAGCAGGGGCAGCAGAAGCACAUGUACGACCAGCUGGAGCAGGACUUCUUGAAGUGCCAGCGGGAGCUGCAGCAACUCAAGAGCACCCAGGGCCUUACGGAGGACAAGGGGAAAUGUCCCAUGAAGUGUGAGGAGCAGCUGUGCAAACUGAGGGCGGUGCAGGAGAAGUACAAGGCCAACCAGAAGGAGCUGGGGCAGCUGCAGGUGGAGCAGUGCGAGCUCCUGGAGGACCAGCGGCGGCUGCAGGAGGAGCAGGGCCAGCUGCAGGAAGAGCUGCACCAGCUCACCUUCCCCCUCCCCAAGUCGGGGCUUGUCCAGAAGAGUCAGGAGCUGCUUCAGAAGCUGCAGGACCUCUGUGAGCUGCAGCUGCUCUGCCAAGGCAUGCAGGGAGACCAGAAGACCCUGCUUCAGAAUCAAAGGGCCCUGCUGGAGGAACAAACGAAGCUGCACAAAGAGCUGGGGCUCCACAGGGAGCUGUGCUUCCAGGAGGUGUUGGAGAAGCCCAAGAACUGCAGGUGGUCCAAGUCCUCAAAGUACGAUCCCCACAAGUCCAAGGAGCUGAGUGAGAAGCUGCAGGGUCUGCAGGCACUGUACGAGGCUGGGGAGGCCCAGCAGGAGCUGCUGCAGCAGGAGCAGGGCCGCCUCCUGGAGGAGCGCCAGCGGCUGCAGGCCGACCUGCAGCUCUGCCUGGAAGAAAUGCACCUGCUUCAAAGCCAGUCCCCGGCCAUCAGGAUGAGCCUUGAGUCCUACAAAAAGAGCUACGAAAGCCUGCCUGCCCCUGAGAACCUCGUCGAGACUGCUGAGAGCUUUAACAAGAGUUACACGAGUGAGCAGGAGAGCAGCAAAGGGAGCUUCGCCAAGAGCUACCAGAGCAGCAGCCAUGGUAGCGAGCUCUCCAACAAGAAGAGCUACGCCAGCAGCAGCAGCAGCAGCAGCAGCAGCGCCACCUAUCAAAAGAGUUAUACCAGCAGCCUUGACCAUGACACUGCUGAGCCUGAAGAUCUAGAGCACUUUGAGGAGAUGGUUGCCCAAGUGUUGACCAAGCUGCAAGCGGUACAGGCCAUGUACCAGGUCAGCCAGGAGGACCACAGCCUGCUGCAGAAGGAGCUGAUGGCGCUGCUGCAGAAGCAGAAGGCGCUGAAGGAGGAGCUAGAUGCCCGCGAGAGGGAAUUUGUGGAGUGCAUGGAAGGCUCCGUGAAGCCCGCUGCCCCCCCAAACGACAAGAACGAGAUCAAAGAACUGCAGACCAAGCUGCGGGACCUGCAGCUGCAGUACCAAGCCAGCAUGGAUGAGCAGGGGCGGCUGUUGGCUGUGCAGGAGCAGCUGGAGGGGCAACUUCAGUGCUGCCAAGAAGAGCUUCGCCAGCUCAAGGAGAAGAAGCGCUCCUCCUCCUCGGACCUCCAAAGCAAGAACUGCAAUCAGAACACCAACAAGAGUGGCAGCGGGGAGAAGAGUAAGCCGCCGAGUCCGGAGCUGUGUGAGGACAGCCACAGCAGUCUGGAGGUGGUAUUAUACUACAAGGCCAGCCAGAAUGAAGUAGAAGAGCUACCACAAGAGCAGGAAAGGAACAAGGAAGAGGAGGAAGAGAAAAAGGAAAGGGCCUGGGAUAAACUCUGUGAGACAACAGAUGACGAAGCGGGAUCGAUAGAGGAUCCAGAGGAGAGGGAAGAGCUCACUGACCCGGAGAACAAAGAGGACAAUGCUUGCCCCGAAGCCUCGGGGGAAAACCCCCUCAGCAUGUCCGAGAACAGAAAGAACAUAUUUGGGAUGUGGAAGCCCGUGGUGUUCUUGGCCAUCGCGGCUGUGGCUCUGUACUUCUUACCCAGCAUGCGGCAGCAGGAGACGGAGUUCUGCCUCCUGGACUGAUGGCAGACCUGGGCCCGCCGAGGGGCAGAUCCCCAGCGCCCCUACCCGCCUCAGCUCCGUGCAGGACACUGUGCCUGAGUCCCAGCCCACCCGUCUGCCCCACUCGCCCCAGCUCCUUAGCCGUGGUCACCCCGGCUGGAAAGGCUCGUGGCAGGCUCCUGGUUCCCAUCUUCUUCCUGCCCCGCCUAGCAACCUCGUAAUUAAAUGUCAACCUAAUUACACAGA